AAGAGCAAGUUCAGUUGACAACAACCGCCGAAUGUCGUCGAAUGUGAAGUAUGCGACGACGACGAUGUCGUUUGCGAGUGGAAGGGGGAGAAAGGGAGCGAGAGACGCACGUCUAUAGGAAUCAGCCGGCGAAGCCACAGAAGGAUCAUCCGGACGGGCCGGGACGGGCCGGGCGAGAAUGGAAUGGAAUGGGCUCGGUUGUCAUGUCAUGUCCCUCUGGUUCCUGAUUUUUGGAGGUUCGACUUCCAGCGAGUUACGGAAUUGUCGACUGGUCUGUGGUUCCGUUUAGAUUCAAUGAACGAGCGCUCUCAGGUCUAGCGUACAGAACAUUUUGGGAGGGAUCAGAAUCACAAUUUCUCUCAGUCAUCGCGGUACUGUUUGGAACGAGUGGGCGAGUGGAAUUGAGAUGGAGCUCUGAAGACCUGCUUGGAAGGGUGGAGCUGGCUCGUUGUGCAGCAAAAGCUAAUCUCCGCACAAAAGUAAACCACUCUGGUGUCGAAAGAAAUGGCAGAGGUCGAAGUGCACCCUCAGGUCAGCUCGCUGGAUUCGAUUUUGGAGGAGCCAAAAGAGAAAUAUCCUGAGUCAUCCAAUCGGCCAGCGGUAUGUGUUGUGGCUGGUCUAGUCUUAUGAUCCCUUCUUUUAUCUGGAUUGAUGACACGGUUCUCGAAUCAUUGAGUCCGAGAUGAAGACUACGACAUACAUCCUCUAAUCUCACAUAUCUAUUGGGUCUUGUCAAAAGCCAGGCCUGUCGAGAGAGAUGAGCCACUUUGCCGUGCUCGUCGUGGACUUUUUCUGAGUUCCAGCUGAGCUCAAUAAUCGUGAGGAAAUUGGGUAGCAAAUAAAUGUAAUGUGGGUUGCAAUUUGAUUAUUGGAAGUAAAUCUGUCGUCAGAUUUCAAAAAAGGGGUUUAGGGUUUUAAGUAUGAGUCACGAGAACCUAUUCUGAAAAGACCGAGGGUUUAGACCUGAAGGUACUGCACCCGUAUAUGACGUGGUCAAAGAGUUAUCACGAUUAUCAAUGGUUAGUCUGCUCGUUGAAUGUAGUGUGACCAUGACUUUUUUUCUGAUUCUUUUUCACUCUGUCAACUCAAGUAAGCGUAUUACACAGUGCCUCUAACAGCUCGCCAAGCUCAGGUGCUUUUGAUUUCAGUACAGCUUGUACUCCAUCACGGAGGUUUCUGUGUGUUAUGGAGUCUCAUUGCAUGGUAUGUGAGCAGAUCGUCCGACCUCUACCAUCGUUGGAUGGAUGGCGUGGCUUGGCUCAUUAUCGCACAGAAAGCCGACGGAAUGUUGUGAAGAAGAAGUAAGAGCGUGAAGCACCCAUACUCUAAAGUACAUAUAUAAAGUCAUCAGUAUGAGUGCGUGGAAUCGGCUUGAAGGAAAUAAUAACUCCAAAGGCUGGUCACUUGUCACAUUGUCGCACAAUUUUCAUGCAAACAUCACGGGGACGUCAUACGUAAAGAAGUAGAGUUUCACAUGCCGUAUCAUAUCAUCUUCCACAACAUGGACACUUUCAGUUCAUAAGAGUAGCUGAGUCAGAAACGCUUGGAAUCGAAAACGGGUUUAUGUCGAAUGAACUUACCUCUGUUGUAUGCAUGAUGUUUAACUUCAGUUUUGUGUGUGUGUUUCAUGUUUUCAUGUUUUCAUGCGCACUAAUUGUGUGUGGGUUGACAGACCGCAAGACCGUACACCUAGUGAUCUUUACAUAUUGGAAGAAUCCGUGAAGAGUGUGAAGCUCAUUGGAGACUUACCCUUAGCUAAACGCCUUGAGGCAAGACCAUCCUACUUAACAUUUUUAUUCCCUUAUGUGAUACAUGCACAGAACAGGAGGGGGAGAAAGAUAGAUGCUCCUAUGUGGGUCGUAAAGAUGUGAUCCGCCACCGGAGUCCUUCUUGAAAGGGAUGAGCAGUCGUGAUAAUAUCGAAGGUUGCUUAGAUUAUAGUAACUGAAUUGGACUUUUCAAGUCGCAUGCUUGGGUCUGUAGGCAUCCGCUUUGUCUUGCUUCUCCAAAAUAAGUUCUUACAAGUUGAAAGUGCUCAAUCAAGCUAAGCUUUUUUGGUCCGAAGAGACUUCUUUGGCUUUACCAAAGAAGCACUGAAGGCUGGAAUGGCUCGUAGAUAGACUUUUCGACUGUUGGAUAUUUGAGUAUAUCAAACGACUCGUGCUUUUUGUUCGAGACAAAACUGAUGGCCUAACCCUUGCAGUUCACUUAUAUAUAUCGGUAAACUUCAAAGAGAAGUAGCUGGGAGUUUCACAUAUGCAGUCAAGUCUGGUCAUAUGUUUCUGGCAGGCAGACACCUUAUUACGAUGUCCCAAGUUUUCACUGGCUAGAUGAUCUAUAUAGUGGUCUAGAAGAGGUGGCGAUAAUUUGUUUGAUUUUGGCAGAUUUGCAGGUACCUUGGUUACGAAAAACGCGAUUCCAAUGUAACUGGUGAGUUUUUCAAACUCACUUGUUAAUAUUAUUUUCAGGAGAGCAGUUAAGUCGAUAACCUUGUCACCUUAUUUUUCGGUACAGAUAUACUCCUUUGUCCUUCAUGUCCUAAAAAAUAUAAACUCUGCAAUUUUGUUCCUUCUCAACAUCAAUUACACUCGACGCAAAGUGUUCAAAGACCUACAUGGCUUCCGUCUGGGAUUGAGGCAUCUGAGGUCAGUCAAAAUCUCAAUCUCGUUUGUGCAAUCUGUCUUUUAGUCGCUACAGUGACGGAACCCCGGAAGUUCCAACGUCAGUUGCUCUUUCGUAUGGUUAGCCCUCAUUAACUGCCACAUCCUGGACGUCGAUCGUCUAGAUUGUCUUUCAGUUCCUUUGACGUAAGUUGGAAGAUCCUGCUGUUUUUUAACCAUGGUUUCAGGCUGACUCAGUAGAUCAAAUUUGACAUAAGUCAAACGUGAAGCGAAGCUUUAAUGCAGCAAUCGUGAUCAGUCAUGUUAAGGUUCCCCCCAUAAUUUCAUGAUCGUGUUAAAUAGUUGGGAUUGUAAUUUCUACCCAAUGGUGUUUAUGAUCAAAGCAUAGGACUUACAGUAGCUUCAAGUACAAGAAUUGAUUAUUGUGACGCACCGCAUCUUCUACUGCCAUCUGAACUGUGGUGGUGCUCCUUCUGCAAAAAAAAAUACAGUCUUAUAAUCGUGUGUAUGUUUUUUAAGGUCUCUAUAGUAGCUUGUUGUCAGAUUUUUAACUCAAAAGUAGGCGAGUUAUGGAAUAUCUGGUGGAGUUGCAGUUUAUCAGCAGGGUGCAGUCGGCGGCACUUUCUACAUAAUGUUCACUGGACUUGUGAGAGUAAGUCACUUUGAAGAUGUGUGCGCACGAACAUUCGAGUCUGCGUAGUUUCAUGUAUGCUUGCAUAUCUUCCAUCCGUGCAGCUGUUGUUGAAAGUUGAGUUUCUAGUUUGCAGUAUGUAUUGUAAAGGUCUACUAGUUUACAAAGUUCGCACUCUGCUCAGUCACCCAACGUACGCAUUCUACUAUGUUUCUGGAUAUAUGUUUGUUCACAGAAUUUGGCUUUAUGUGACCGUUUCGGCCACUUAGUUCAUGAUAAGAUUUUCUUGACCUUUCUACCAUCACCUUAUUAGGCAUCUGUGCACGAGGAAGGGGUCCAGGAAGAUAAAGUGACACUGAUGCUUCCAGGUGACUCUUUUGGCGAACUGGCUCUAAGCAAGGAACAAUGUCGAAUGUAAGCCUUUCUGUCAUUCUAGCUGUCAAUAUGCAUAUAAACUGUCUCAGCACGUUCGAUAUCAGGCAUGUUCGGAGGGCCAGUUCGUAAUUCUCGACUAAAAGAUGUAACACUGUCGUAGAAUUAAAAUUCAACUCAUCUGCAGUGCGUGAUGUUGUUGCAUGAGUAACCAGAAAAGGGAUGGCGUUUCAUAUCACGUGAGCGUUUUCAUUCCUACUCUGUUUUGUUUAGGAUGCAACUAACUUUCUGGCCUGUACAAGAUUUGUAUCUCACUCUCAUUAUCAGGCCCUCGUGAUUGCUUGCGUUAUCAGGACAGAAACAACUUUCACAACUGAAAGGGUACCAACGCAUUACAACAUCUUCGAAGUUCAUUUUUUCCUCCUAUAGAUAAUAUUAGAAAGAUUGUUCUUCAAAGUCAUCUACGUGGCUGUUAAACGCUGUCUGUAAGUUUAUGAGUUUUUAUUGCUGAAUUCAUGUCAAGUACACACAAGGGCACAGUUGUAAGCCAGAGGCUUUGCUCCUGUUCUUUACGUAAGGCCCGGUGUUUCAUUUUGUUCAUCAAUCCAGAUAAAGAUCGAGAUAGUGAGAGCUCAACGUUUGUCCUGAUGACGCACUUAAUAGACGUUUACACGGAUUUACAUCAUCUUACUGGCUUUAAAAAUUUGCUAAUGGUAUGUCAGUCUGAGUUGCUGACGCUGACGAAGAAGGACUAUGAAGGAAUUCUGAAAAUACAGAAGACUCCUGAAAUCAGAGAGCGAGUAAAAUUUCUCAAGGUCUGUAUGCUCUACAUCUCAACUCUUAUGUAUGGUGACAACCAGCUCAUACAUCAGGAGUGGAUGUAAUAUGUUUCUUUGAUCUACUUUUUUGCAGAGUAUAGCAGCUUUUUCAGAAGUCUCGAAGCAGAGCUUGUAUCGUUUGGCCAAUGUGCUUAGUUUGCGUAAAUAUACAAAGAAUAGAGGUAUGUUUAUUAAGGAUGUAGGAUUGUUUAUAGCUUUGCAUGUCAAUGUAUUCAAAGUACAGUAUCAUACGCUGCUUUGCUUCGCUAUGCUAUGAGCUACAUAUCGGCACUACUUCAUCUUGUGUCGUUUGAGUCACCGCAGAGCGAUGGUAGGGUUGGAGUGUGGUAUAUUUUCGUGUUUAUGAGUACACAGUACGUAUGGUAUAUCUGACAGCAAUCAUUAUUUUAAUGAGGACCAGCGGUAACUUUCCAAGGCGAUGAAGCGUUUGAGAUGUUUUUUAUCAAAACUGGCGAGUGUCGUGUAAGUUGUUUUCUUCUUCAUUCCCAAGUGAAACCUACAUUGGUCUCGGUAAUUUCAGUCUGCCAAUCAGGUAGAAAUAGUCAUCCAAAUGCACAGAAGCCAUUAGCAGAAACAUGAGAGAUAGCUCCACGAGUGACAAUCUAUUUAUACCACCGAGUUUCUGAGCCUUAUGAUAUAUCUGCGAAAUAUAUACUCUUUAUACAACCGAGUUUCUGAGCUUUAUGAAUUACCUGCGAAAUAUAAACUUCGGAUAUCAGUAGAGGUUUGUAAACCUAGACGCAAUGAUCAAUGCAAUUAUCUUAAGGUCGCAAUUGAGUACACGCAUAUAUAUAGGAACAUAGUUAGCGUCGUAGACAAAUAAGACUUGGGCUCUUUUUAUAUCCUGAACCUUCUAAGAAGGGCAACUAGAUUAGAGGUAAGGGGCAUACAGAACAUUGAGCUCAAAUGUAAUACAUCGCUGAAGCUUUUAUUUCCAUAUAAAACCCCACGAGAUAUCUGUGUUGGACAUUCGAUCUUU